AGGCAAACACAGCGAUGAAUAUGUUCGUCAUGGCUCUAUCAGAUAGUUCCACAAGAAAAUAGAGGAAAAAGUAUAUGUAUGUAUCUGUAUGACAUCCGCGUGACUCCACUCCAGUGAUCAAGUUACGUACAGUUUCUUCUUUUUUUAAAUAGAGAAAUUGUAUAGAUGGUUUUUGUGUUAUGUACAUGCGACUGGUCGAAUCGCUUUUAUUGAAGUAAUUAUGAAUAAGCACGAAUGAGCAAUUCGUUUACAGAGCUGGGCCUUUGACAUUUGCUUACAAAUUUUACUCAAUAGAUUAAUCAACUUCGCAGUCGACCUAAUGUCGUCGUAAAGAUUUUACGUUUUUAUCAGUGAACAAUAUUCACGACGUUUUACGAUAUCCUUAUAACCUCAAAUUUUUGGAAGAAAGAUUCAGGAAGGUGCAAAUGAAAUGCAAUGUGUAAACGAUAUAGUAUUAAAAUUAACAAGAUAGUGGAUACACACUUCUGAUACUUUAAAAGAUGAAACAGUGUUGCUUAAGCCACCAACUUCAGUUGUGGCUUACAUUUCUUGUCUUUUGUGUGAUGUGCAGCAGAGCAGAUAUUUUAGUAUUUUCUGCAGCUGCAAGGCAUCAAAUUGAAGAAGAAUUUAGAGACAUACCUGCAAGAUUUGGAGGUUUAAUACCAUCUGAAGGGAUUAAGGGGAUGGUUGUGUAUGCAGAACCACCUACAGCGUGUCAUGAGAUACAGGGCCCUCCCAAUAUUACUAAUUAUAAUGGUAAUUGGGUAAUUUUAAUUGCUCGCUAUAACUGUAGUUUUGAAAGAAAAAUACGAAUGGCACAGAAAGCAGGAUAUGACGCUGUAAUUAUACAUAAUGUGAACAGCAACAAAUUAGAACCAAUGCAAGCUAGAGAUCCUGUAGGAAUAUUAAUACCAUCUGUAUUUGUUAGCGAGAUCACAGGAUUGAUUAUUAAGGAAAAUUAUUUAUACGAUGAAUUGUAUUUUGUACUAAUUAAUGAUGAUACUCCAUUUAAUAUAACACACUUGCUCUUACCUUUUGCUAUUGUUGUUGGGAUAUGUUUUCUAGUCAUGGUUAUCUUUAUGAUUGUUAGAUGUAUUAAAGAUAGAAGAAGGCAACGAAGGCAUAGGUUACCUAAUUCAAGUUUGAAAAAGAUUCCUACGCAUAAAUAUACGAAAGGCGAUCCAUAUGAAACAUGUGCCAUCUGUUUAGAUGAUUACGCAGAAGGUGAAAAAUUAAGAGUUUUGCCUUGUGCACAUGCUUAUCAUACAAAAUGUAUUGACCCUUGGCUGACAAAAAAUCGUAGGGUUUGUCCUGUUUGUAAACGAAAAGUUUUUGCGGCGGAUGAGCAAGUUGUUACUGACGAAAGUGAUUCGGAUGCCGAUGACACGACACCUUUGAUUCGUGAAGGUCAUCAAGGAACUCAAGGUGGAACAUUUUCACGACAGAGGGAGAAUCCUUUUAGUCGUGCUAGAAGGCCGGAAACAAGGCAGCGCGAUAUGAUCCAUUCAAGCAGUAGUUCUGAUUCUGAAGAAUUGUUUGAUACUCCAGAUGAUGAAUCUAGUAUAAGUGCUGGAGAACCAUCUAGUGGAACGGUUUUCAGAGCGUUUGACAUUCAUAGCAUCAAUGGUGAGUUGCCGGACUUAGAGUGUUCUGUGAGCAGUACUAAACCACACACGGUGAAUUUAUAUACUGAUGCUGAAGGGUUGCCAGCCCCUGUUGCUCAAAUAAUAAAUCGCAAUAGACGACCCGUAGCGAAUUCACAAAUUUGUGAAAUUGGAUCUGUUGUACCAAUUGAAAAUGAAGCUACAAAUAUUACUGACACUGAUUAUGAAGAGACCGAUAUUCACGUAUAAAGUUCGAUUGCAUCUAUUCUUUUAUCACAUGUCUAUGUCUUGGAUAAAAUUGGUAUGUUCUUUUAAGGUGUUACAAAAUUUGAUAUAGAUCACUAAAAUAAUCGUAACUAUGAAAAAAUGGAAAAUUUUGAAUGCUUCAAGAACUUUACCUUUUAUUUAAAAGAACUAAAAUUAUCUCCACUUGUAACUCGGUCAACUAAAUGGUUUGCAUUAACGUGCAUGUUCUGUAAACUUAUUUCAUUUGUCUAACAUUCUCACCGUUCAUCAACCAUUUUUUCUACAUCGUGUAUUUUAUAUCAAGGUAAGAGAAAAUUUCUUCUUCAAAACGAUCUGCCAUUGUUUUAAUAGUAAGAAUAAUUGUUACCCUAUUAACUUGUUUUAACUAAAACUCAUUUUAAAUAUAUGAAAAUAGUUUAAUAGCGUUAAGACUGCAAAUUAUUUUUUUAGGCAUAUGUCUAUGUAAUUUAAUCUUUCAGAUAUAUCUGUUAGUCGUUUAAAAAAUAUUCGUAUAGAAACAGUUUACCCAAAAUUAUUAUAAUCAGUCCACUUGAAAUAUUCACUUAUUUUAUUCAAAGUUUUGAUCAACAUCGUUAAAAUUACUAAUGUUUAUUUACAGUUUUAUAUUUACAAUUAUGGCCUAGAUAUUUUAUCUUUGCACUCAGCUAUCGAUUAAUAUAUCUACAUUUAUCAUUUUCUUUAUCAGUUACCAUGAUAUAUACAUAAUUUUCUUUGAUAGACGAAUAGAUAUACUUUUAGUUAUUUUAUAAACAUUAAAUGAUGAUUAUUGGCGAUAUACAUAUAUACAUAUAAUGAGAGAAAAAAUAUUUUUUAAUGAUAUGAUGCGCAACAUGAGUUUGUAAAUAUUAUUUGUUAUUGUAUAUACAUACAUACAUAUAUAUAUAUAUAUAUACAUAUAUAGGUUAAGAGACCAAAAAUAGAAUUUUCUUCAAUGCGCAGAACAUAUAAGAUAUAAAAUUCUAAUAGGAAAUAUUUGGGACGUUAGUUGCUAUGUUAAUCAAAUUGAAUUUUGUUAAACACCUUUGAUAGAGAGUAAUGGUACAUCUGUAAUAUCUUUUUCUAAAAUGACGUAAUAAAAUGUAAUUGAAUGUUUUUGACAUGACGUUUUCUGUAUAGGUUCUGUAAACUUUUUUAUAUAUAUAUAUAUAUAUAUAUAUAUAUAUAUAGACAGAUAGAAAGGGGAGCUUUCAGCCAUUUCCUAAUAACGUGAUAAAAUUAUCUGAAAUUAAACUGCGUACCGAUAUUAGAAAAGCAUAUUAUCUAAAGAAAAUACGAUUACGGAAUUACGGAAAUUAGGAAAUGAUUACUGUGAUUCGAUUGGUGUUUAAAUAAAGUCUUUCGGGAGAAAGGAAAGUUGUAUAAAAUUGUGUAAAUAGCCGGUAUGUGUGAACUUAUUAUCCGUGCGCGCGCUCGUAUGUAUGUAUGUAUGUAUGUAUGUAUGUAUGUAUGUAUGUAUGUAUGUAUGUUUGUUUGUUGCAUGUAUGUAUGUAUGUAUGUAUGCAUGUGUGUGUGUAUGUAUGUAUGUAUGUAUGUAUAUAUAUAUGUAUAUUUUACAAUAUCAAAGAAUGAAUUUUUACUUGAUCAUUAUGAUGUCUAAAUCGAAAGAUUGGGCUUGCUAUCGUCUUAUUGUUUAACGCUAGAUGUAUUAUUCGGAUAAAAAUAAAAAGAUAUUUAUAUUUUGUGUUCUA